AUGGCGUCGGCGACGACGCAGCCGCGCAUAUCCCAGCGCCAGUCACUGGCAUGCCGAGAAUGCACCCGGUCGAAGCGCAAAUGCAGCAAGGACAUUCCGUGCACGCGCUGUCGACGGCUGGGCCUGGACUGCAGCCGCGAGGUGGUGCGGCUGCGGCGCGUGAUUAGCCAAAAUGGGCGCGAGAUUGCCUUUCUGGACUCGUUGCGUGCCGAGCUGGCGAGCGCUGCUGGGCAUGGUGGACGACACAGCGGCGGACACGGUGGUGGACAAGGCGUGGCGCGCGUGUUGCAGCGGCUCGCCGACCGCGUGCAGUUCUUGCAGUCCGGGCAGACGGGGACGGGCGACGACGGCGAUCCGACCGGCGUGUCGGGGCUCUCGAUGGCCAGGACCGGAUCACCAGAGCAAGGAAGCCCGCCGCAUGCAUCGCAUGCAUUGCAAGCAUCGCACGCGCUCGCCAGCGCCGACGCACGACCACACCCCCACGGGCAGCGCCCCAAAUCGCGAUCGGCGUCGGCAUCGUCGCAGGACAUGCAGGACUCUCUGAUUGUCACGGCCCUCGAGCACGUCGCCUGGGGCCGCAACACGGGCAGCUGCUACCCGCACCGGCGCUGCACGUGCCAAUACAACACCAACGGCCCAACACACUACUACUCGCAGCAGAUCCUCUAUUCCCUGGUGGCAGCCCGCGUCGUCCGCGACAACCUGCCCGGCCGCGACCGCGCCGAAGCCAUGGUGCGCUUCCACCUGCGCCACAUGGCGUGGCAUCACAGCUGCCUGCACGCGCCGACUUUUCUGGCGCAGUGCACGCGCUUCUGGACGACGGGCGAGACGGAGCAUCCGCAGUGGCUGGCGCUGUACCUGGCCGUGCUGGCGGCGACCCAUUUUUGCCUGCUGCACAGUCCCAAGUACGGCCACGCGCCGGCGUUUGGCGCCACGGCGACGGCGCCACCGCUGGCGGUCGACCCGAGCGACCCGCAGUCGGCGCAGUCACUCUUCCAGGCGAUGCUCGACGUGCUGCACGAGGGCCAGUUUCUACAGAAUGUGUCGCUGUUUGCCGUGCAGGCGAUUGUCAUCUCGACGGAGGUGGCCCACAACUUGGGCCUGAGCCAGCUCAAUGCGACGCUCAUGGCGGCGGCGGUGCGGAUUGCCGAGUGCCUGGGCGUGCACAAGAUUGCGGACGACCCGGCGCGGCGGCCCGGUGUGCAUGGACAUGCAAAUGCAAAUGCAGAUGCCAAAGAACGAACCGACGGCGUGUUUGCUGUCGAGCGGCGCGAGCGCGAGAUUGGCCGGCGCGUGUGGCUGCAGAUGGUCAUCCAGGACCACUUUGCCAUGCCCUUUACGGACGCCUACGGGAUCCAGCCGCAGCAGUACGCGACCGGCCUGCCGCGAAACUGCGACGACACCGAGCCGCAUGCGGGCGACCAGCGCGACGGCCUGGUCGAGCAGCCGCCGACGCGGCCGACGAUUGUCAGCUACAACAUUGUGCUGAGCACGCUCGCGCGGCUUGUGCCGGAGCUCGCCGACGGCCUGGGCCCGCUGCGGGCGCGCAAGCCGCUGCACGAGCAGUACGAGCACAUUCUGGCGAUGGACCACAAGAUGCGGCGGGUGGUGCGGGCCAUCCCGCCGUUUUUCCUGCGGCAGGACCCGGUGCUCGAGGCCCAGGUGCCGUGGCUCGCCAUUGCCCGCCAGAGCAUGGCCAUUACGGCGGCCGAGAAGAUUAUCAUGGUGCACCGGCCGUUUCUGUUCCGGUCGUUCCAGGCGCCGCCCAAGGGCGUGUCUUCGGCGACACCCCCACCCUACAUCCACACGCGCCGCACCUGCGUGUCGGCCGCCAUGACGAUUCUGCGCGAGCACCGCAACAUCACCGAGGCCGGCGACAUGUCCUUGUGGACCCACACGGCCUUUUGCAUUACGGCGGCGCUGCUGCUGUCUUUUGAGGUGCUGUGCAGCAAAGACGUCGACGUCGAUGUCGACGUCGACAUCAACGACACCAACGACACCACCGACGCCGACGCCGACGCCGACGCCACCGCCCGCGAGCAGCAGGCCACCUACCGCAGCGCCAUCCAGUACGCCCGCACCUACUUGUCGGGCCGCCUGCACGACGUGCUGGCGCAGCGCGGCGUCCUGCUGAUCGACUCGCUGUUCCCCGGCGGACCGACCAGCGACGCGCCCACGCCGUCGCUCAAGACCAACGAGCACGGCGGCAGCAACAUUCGCUUUGACGACGUCGUGUCGGCGUUUAUGGCGGGCUGGGCCAUGUUUGGCGUCCAGUCGGAUCUGCAGCGCGGAGGCGGUGGCAGUGUGGGCAGUGUAGGCAGUGGGCCCGGCAGUCUGGGCGUGCCGUCGCCGUCGCCGGGCAUGGGGCCAUCGGGGAUGGUCGGACGGUAUGCUGCCGGCCCCGGUCCUCCAGGAUCCUCCCAGAUCCUGCCAUCUCUCCCGCCGCCGCCGCAGCCGUUUGUGCCCGAUGUCGGCGUGCUUCCAGGCAUGGGAGUCUACGGCCACCCCGGACAGCAGCAACAACAAUACGCCGAGCCGAUGCCACCCAUGGAGGACUUUGAUGCGUGGUUCCAGCACAUUUUUGCCACGGGAAACGGGACGACGUUUGAGUAG